AUGGAUGCCAUUAGUGAUCCUACUUUUUUCCACUCUAAAUUGAAACAUCAAGUUUCUGAAGAAACUCCAUCAUUAUUAACGGUUAUAUUAGAUACAAAUCCAAGUGUAUGGGGCUUUGAAAAUGAGGAAUCUAAUUUACUAGAGGCACUAAAAUCAGUUAUUGUAUUUUUAAAUGCACAUUUAGCUUUCAAUAGCGCUAAUCAAGUUGCUGUUAUUGCAGCUUAUUCUAAUGGUGUCAAAUAUUUAUUUCCUAGGGAUAAAACCAAAGUUUCUGAAACAUCAAAUGGUAAAGAUAUUAAAACAAAAUUGAACAUUAUAGAUAGCAAAAUGUAUACACAAUUUAGAAAAGUUGAUGAAGCUGUAUUAGAAGAAUUAUAUAACUUAUUUGAAAUGGAACAAAAAUUAUACACCGACAUGAAAAACAACGACAAUAAAGAUAGCAAUACCAAGUUUGUCAAAAGUAGUUUGGCAGGCGCAUUAAGUUCAAGUUUAACUUAUGUGAAUAGAAUUCUAAAAGAAAAUUUAAAUUUAAAAUCACGCAUUUUAAUAGUCUCCAGUGGGUCAAAAAAUGAAAGACAGAGCGAAGUGUUUCAAUACAUUCCGAUUAUGAAUUGUAUUUUUACGGCAUCCAAGUUAAAAUGUCCUAUAGAUGUAGUAAAAAUCGGUGGUAAUCCACAGGCCACAUUCUUACAACAGGCCACGGAUGCCACUAAUGGUGUUUAUUUGCAUGUGGAAUCUACCAAGGGAUUGAUACAGUAUUUAUCAACGGCCAUGUUUAUAGAUCCAACUUUGAGAAGGAUUAUAGUGAAACCCAAUCAGGGCAUAGUUGAUUUUAGGACUUCUUGUUUUUUAACCGGUAAAGUUGUAGCUAUUGGAUUUGUUUGUAGUGUUUGUUUAUGUGUUUUGUCUGUUAUACCAUCAGGGAAUAGAUGUCCCGCAUGUGAUUGUGAAUUUGACGAAAAAAUCAUUAAAAAGAUGAAAAGAAAACCUAUUGGCAAGAAUGGGAAUGGUGGAGUGUCUACAAAUAGGAUUAAUAAACAAGCUAAGAAAUGA